AUGAUGAAAUGGAUGACCCGAUUCUUUAUGUACUUGGAUCGCUAUUAUGUGAAACACCAUUCGCUCCCGACAUUGGAUGAUGCAGGACUUCAGAGUUUUGAUCGGAUGGUUUUUCAAAAGGUCAAAGUACGUGUGAAAGACGCUAUGAUUGAACUGAUUGAGAAAGAACGCAAUGGAGAAUUGAUUGAUACGACGCUGAUGCGAAAUUGUGUCGAGAUUUUUGAAGUCAUGGGCAUGAAGUCUCUUGAUGUGUAUCAGACUUGUCUAGAAAUGGACCUUGUACUGACUAGUGCUACGUACUAUGAACGCAAGUCAAAGGGGUGGCUCUGUGAAGACUCGACACCAGUGUAUUUGCAAAAGGUGGAAGAAGCUUUACAGAGCGAGCGGAGUCGGGUGCACACGUAUCUGCACAAGUCCACGGAGCCAAAACUUGUUGAUGAACUGGAAAAUGUAUUGCUUGAAGCUGCACAGAAGGAACUCAUUGAGCGAGAAAACUCUGGUGUCAUUGCAUUGCUGAAGAAUGACAAAUUGGAUGACUUGGCACGUAUGUACCGCCUCUUUGCGCGUCUCAAGAGUGGACUGGAGCCAAUUGCGAACCUUGUGCAGCAGCACAUUACGGCAGUGGGUAAUGAUAUUGUCGCAAAGCGCGCUAAUGCUGUAGCCUCUGGCAACGUCCGUGAUCCCAGCUCGGAUCCAACGUUCAUUAAGGAUAUCCUUGCCAUCCAUGAUAAAUUUCGCAGCAUCGUUAACGAUCAAUUUGCAGGCAAUUCCCUAUUUCAAAAGGCUCUGAAGGAGGCUUUUGUUGAGUUUGUUAAUAGGGACGUUGGACCCGAUAGCUCGGCAAAGCUGAUGAGUACGUUCUGUGAUCGUAUCUUGAAGACAGGGGGCGAAAAGCUAAGUGAUGAGCAGGUGGAGGACUACCUGGAGAAGGUGGUAUUCGUGUUCUCGUAUCUCACGGACAAAGAUCUUUUUGCUGAAAUUUAUCGUAAUCAGUUGGCCAAGCGUUUGCUGAAUCAGCGGUCUGCUUCGGCCGAUGCUGAAGUGCUUAUGAUCGGUAAGCUGAAGUUGCGCUGCGGUGCACAAUUCACGGGUAAGAUGGAAGGUAUGAUGAACGAUCUGGCCAUCGGCAGUGACCACCACCACGAGUUCGAAGGCUUUUUGAAAAAGCAACGUGAGAAAGGUCCAAAUGAAGCUGCUUUAAGUCUUGAGUUCAGUGUCCAGGUGCUAACGACGGGUUACUGGCCGUCGUACCGCAUCCUAGAAGUCACCAUGCCGCCGCUAAUGGUCCGAUGUAUGAAUCUUUUUAAGGUGUACUAUGAUUCAAAAACCAGCCAUCGUCGACUGCAAUGGGUGCACUCCCUUGGGAAUGCAACGAUUCGUGCCAACUUCCCUAAGAAGAAAUGGUACGAUCUGCAGGUAACGACGUUGCAAGCUGUGGCGCUGCUAUUGUUUAACGAAGGCGAUGGUGCACUGUCGUUUGAGGCUGUGCGCGAGUCAUUGAACCUGACAGUGGAUGUCGUGAAGCGCAUUAUGCAUUCGCUGUCGUGUGGCAAGUACAAACUGCUGACAAAGACACCUGCCGGUAAGACUAUCUCGACCAGCGACCAGUUUAUGCUGAACCGAACGUUUGCUUCGCCGAUGCGCAAGCUGCGUAUUCCCAUGGCAUCUCUGGAAGAAAGCCACAGUCAAAAAAGUGUGGAGGAAGACCGCAGCAUAGCCAUAGAAGCCGCGAUCGUGCGUAUUAUGAAGGCUCGCAAAACGCUACAGCACCAGCAGCUUAUCUCGGAAGUGCUGAGCCAGCUGGCGUUUUUCAAGCCGAACCUGAAGGUCAUCAAGCGCCGUAUUGAGGCUCUCAUCGACCGAGAAUACCUUGAGCGCGACCCCGACCAAGCCAACACGUAUCGCUACCUUGCAUGA